AUGUGUGCGGCGAGGCGAAUGCUGCUGCUGCUGCUGGCUUUCCUGGCCUAUGCACUGGACUCGGCUGCGGCGUACGGCACGGCAGAGACCCUCUGCGGCGGGGAGCUGGUGGACACGCUGCAGUUCGUCUGCGGGGACAGGGGCUUCUACUUCAGUAGACCGGUGGGACGAAAUAACCGGCGGAUCAACCGGGGAAUCGUGGAGGAGUGCUGCUUUCGGAGCUGUGACCUGGCUCUGCUGGAAACCUACUGUGCCAAGUCUGUCAAGUCCGAACGUGACCUCUCCGCCACUUCCCUGGCGGGCCUGCCGGGGCUCAGCAAGGAGAGCUUCCAGAAGCCCUCGCACACCAAGUACUCCAAGUACGACGUGUGGCAGAAGAAGAGCUCGCAGCGGCUGCAGCGGGAGUUGCCGGGCAUCCUGCGGGCCCGCCAGUGUUGCCAGUUACAACGUGAGGCCCUGCGUCUGCAUGGACCCCCCAGUGGAGCUUGGCUUCCUGACCUGCGGGGGACCUACCGCUUCCUGCCCACCCUGGCGCCUUGCGCGCCCACCCGUGUGCUCUGGCGAGUGGGCGGGUGGGUGGGAGGCCCUCGCUGCUGA